CGUACCUUCUGCGCGUGCGUCGGCUCGAGUGAAAGGUGGAUGAAUUUUGAGCCAAUGAGGCCGCCGUUGAGGGGUUGGCGACGCAGCCGCGUUCGAGUGGAUACAGUUCACGUGCGGGCAGCUCGAGCCUCCUCUCGGAGCUACUAUGGUCAGCCAGGGACUUUGAACCUCAAUAACGAGGUUGUGAAGAUGAGAAAAGAAGUGAAGAGAAUCCGAGUUUUGGUUAUUCGAAAACUUGUGAGGAGUGUUGGCAGAUUGAAGUCAAAAAAGGGCACCGAAGAUGCACUGUUAAAAAACCAAAGACGAGCACAACGGCUGCUCGAAGAAAUCCAUGCCAUGAAGGAGUUGAAACCUGAUAUAGUAACUAAAUCUGCCCUUGGUGAUGAUAUCAACUUUGAAAAAAUCUGCAAAAAGCCUGAUUCUACCGCAACUGAAAGAGCAAUUGCCAGACUAGCAGUUCAUCCUCUUCUGAAGAAAAAAAUUGAUGUGCUAAAAGCUGCUGUCAAAGCCUUUAAAGAUGCAAGACAAAAUGUUGUUGAAGUUAAGUCAUCAAAGAAUGCUUCAGAAGAAAAUCAUUCCAAGGACACUUUGUGUUCAAAUGAUGAUGCCAGUAAGUUACAGCAUGAAGGAACUAUUAUUAGUGAGCGAGAAGAGAAAGAAGCCAAAAUAUUGGCAAAGAAACCAAUAAAUAAUUCAAAAGAAAAAAUAGCCAAGAUGGAACAUGGAUCCAGAGCAGUGGACAUUCCAAAUUCUCUGUCAAAGCCUUCUGAGAAGGUUUCUACAGUUCCCUCUGAACCCCAGAAGACAUCUGCUGACCCCAAAGUGAAAACAUUAAGUCAAACCAAAAAGAAGAAAGAGUCCGGUAGCUCACCUGGUAGUAACAGUGAUGGAGAAGAAUUACAUGAAGAAGAGAAGGAGUAUUUUGAUGAUAGCACAGAAGAAAGGUUUUACAAGCAGUCUUCCAUGUCUGAGGAUAGUGAUAGUGGUGACGACUUCUUCAUUGGGAAGGUCAAACGGACACGAAAGAAGGAAAGCCAUUGUCAUUUUUCAGUCAAGGAACAAAACCAUCGCAAAAAAUUGAAACCUGAUGAAGAUGUGCUUGAAACCCAUCAGGAUAUAAGAAAUAAUAAAAGCAAGCCACAUACAGAAGCAAGGAAGUUUGAAUCAGUGUUUUUCCAUUCUUUAUCUGAAUCUAAAAGCUCUGAAAGAAGUUACAGAGAACAAGUUCCAAAAAGCAAAACCUCAGGUUCUCAGCAAAUUGAACCACAGAUCAAGAAUCAGCUUAAUAAGAGUGCACAAAGAGGAUUUGAAAAUACAAAACAGAAAUCACAGCUGCCUCUUCAUCCUUCAUGGGAAGCAAGCCGGAGGCGAAAAGAACAGCAAUCCAAAAUUGCUGUGUUUCAGGGGAAAAAAAUUACCUUUGAUGAUUGAUUAGUACUAUUUUUUUAUGAACUUUUCUAUCUGAAAAUUGUUUUUCCUUUUUCUUUUUUAACCAGCUCUUUAUUUAAAUUUGUAUGUGAAUAGAUCUCUUUGAAUGGGUUAUAGAGAUAAGUUUGUCUUUUUCUUUUAAGGUGUUCAAGUUAAGUUUAAGUUACACAAAUCAGUGCAUACUUAAAUUAAUUUUAAGUAUAUCCAGACAGUUCCCUCUAUAAAAGAAUUUUGAGCUUAUAGCUAUCUCAGAUUUUCUCAUUUGUGCUUAUCAUUAAGUAUGUUUCACUGGUUUAGCUCUGUUUUUUAUAUUUUGAAAAUAAAUGUUGAGAUAUAUUUAAAAUAAUUGAAAAUAUGAGGAAAUUGUAGCUAUUUAAAAUAGAUCACUUUUGCUGAAAGUUAUUCUCAUUAGCAAAACGUAAUAACUUUUAUUAUAGAUACACAUAAUAAUUUGUGUAUUAAUUUUUAUUAAUAGUUUUAAUAAUUUGUGAUUUUUAAUUUUUUUUUUUUUUUUUGGCUACACCCAUGGCAUGUGGAAGUUCCCAGGCCAAGAACUGAACCCACACCACAGCAGCGACCCAUAACACUGCAGUUGACAACACCAGAUCCUUAACCCCCUGCACCACAAGAGAACUCCCAAUUUUUAAAUUUUUGAUGGUUUCCCAGGAAAGUUUCUGAAUUGUGUUUCUACUUACUUGGGCAACGUUAACAUUUAAAUGUACCAACAUAACCAAAAAUUGGUUUUGUAUUUUAUUGCAUAUAAAUAUUUCUACCAAAUCAAGAAUUAGUAACAUCUAGUUACUUGGCCAUGUGUUCUUAUAGAAACAUUUUUUGAGGAAUCAUAGAUUGGAACUUAUAAGAAUAAAUUCUGAAGGAGAUUUGCUUGAAGGAGUAUGUGCACUGAUAGCUAAGCAGAGGUUAUGAUAAUUCACUGAAGGAGGCACUUUUAGCACUUAUAUUUAAAAGGAAACAGAGGCGUUCCCGUCGUGGCACAGUGAUUAACAAAUCCAACUAGGAACCAUGAGGUUGCGGGUUCGAUCCCUGGCCUCACCCAGUGGGUUAAGGAUCCAGCGUUACCAUGAGCUGUGGUGUAGGUUGCAGAUGUGGCUCGGAUCCCGUGUUGCUGUGGCUGUGGCGUGGGCCGGCUGCGAUUGGACCCCUAGCCUGGGAACUUCCAUAUGCCACAGGAGCAGCCCAAGAAAUGGCAAAAAAAAAAAAGACAAAAUUAAAAAAAAAAUAAAAGGAAACAAAAUUUUACAAAUCCCCUCAAAUGUUUCACUUUUUUGCUACUCUGGGAGACAUUAAAAGUUCUUGGUUGACUAAAUAACACUAACUAGUGCUUUUGUGCUCUUAAUGGAAGAAAAAGCCUUAUGGUUAGCAGGAAUCAAGAAGCUCUGAAAAGUCAUUUUUAUCUUUUUCAGGAGCUUAAGAACUUGGAUAACUAGGGCAGUAGAAUUCAAGAGAAUAUGCAGAAAGAAAAUUGUAUUUGUUGUGUUGGAUGCUGUUUAUUUUUAUUAAUUUUUUUAUCGUUAUUUCCCCAAUACAGUUUUUUUUCUACUGUACAGCAUCGUGACCCAGUUACAUUUUUUUUUCUCCUUUUUUCUUUUAAAUUGUUAUGUAAUUCCGGUUUGUCACAUUGAAAUUAAUUUCAAAUGAAAUUUUAAUCAUGAAAAUUAUUAGAGGAAAAGUUUAAAAAUAAUGUCUCUGUCCCUACUCCCAUAGCCAGUCUGCAAAGUUGAGAGCUUUGUCCUCCAGACUACCAGGUCUGCUCAAGACUUCUAACCCCAACUUCAAGCAGUUAGGUUCAACUACAGAGUUUAAUGAAAGAGCCCACACAAGACCACUGUCACUUCUGACACCAACUGCAGGUUUGGAGGUUAUGGGGGAGGGUUCCCGAAAUACCCUCAAGUUCAGAAAUUCACUCGAAAACCUCCAGAACUCACUGAAAUGUGUUAUAUUUCCAGUUAUAGUUUAUUACAAGGAAAUGAUACAAAUUGUGAUGGACCUAAGGGAGAUGCGUAGGGCAAAGUCUGUGAGGGUUCAGAAUGCAAAGUUUUUAUUGUCGUCAGGUUGCGUUACCAUCCUGGCAUCCAUCUGCAAGGAGUGUUGCCAGUCCGAGAAGCUCACUCGAGCUUUGGCUUCCAGAAUUUUUAUUGUAACUUCAUUAUGUAGGCAAGAUGAUUUGAUUGCCCACAUUAUUGUUGCAGUUGGACUGAUAAUAUAUAACCCAAAGCCCCCAUCCUAAAUCACAUGGUAGGUCUUUUUUAGUGAGCCCAGUUUGCUGCCCUAAGCAGACACUCCUACCAGUUAUGACAUAGAGUACCUCCAUGAAAGUGACGGUAAAAGCAAUUUCUCUCUUUAAGCAAGGCCGAAUUCUUUACUACACAAUAUCCUUCAACAAGAUCCCCCCAAUAUUAACAUUUUACUGCAUUUACUUUAUCCCUGACUCUCAUGUUCCCCUCUCCUCUACACCUUCUGUUCCUUUCCCCCCCCUUUCUCUUCUUCCUUUUUUUUCUCCUUCCUUCCUUUGUCUCUCUCCUCACUCUCUUCCCCUCAUCCUUUUCCUUUUCUCCUCCCCCUUUAUAUUUUUGUCUUUAAAAACAAGCUAAUUCUUUAGUCUUUUGUAUUACCAUAAUCCAGUUAUCAGACAUUCAGAUUUUGCUACUUGCCCCUGUGUCUUUCUACAGCAACAGAAAAUACAGCAUCAUGCCUUAACAUAUAAUUGUCACCAUACAUUCUCUUUGAUUGGAAACAAUACUUCAGUCUGUCUUCGGAUUUUUCAAAAGUGUAGAUCACUUUAUUUUACAUUGUACCUUUAUUUGGGUUUGUCUAAUGUUCAAACUAUUGAAUAAACUCAAGUUAUGCACUUUUAGCAGGAAUAUUACAGAAGGAAUGUUGUAUUUGCCAUAGUACCUCAUAUCAGGAGUUCUGUGAUGGUGUGGUAUGACUACCCAUUACUGGUAGUGUUGACUUUGCUUACUUAUUUCAAGUGGUAUCUAUAAGGUUUCUCCACUGCAAAGUUGCUUGUUUUCUUUGUAAUCAAUAAUUAUCUUGCAGAUAUUUUGAGACUAUGUAUAUUUCUUUCCUGAAACUUUCAUGCACUAGUUUAAUAUUCAUCCAUAAUUCUUACCUGAAACAAUUAUUGCUAUAAUAGUUGUAAAUGGUGAUUUUUUUUUUCUAAAUUUCAUCUUCUUUCUACAUUUAUUAGAUGGCUUUUUGAAGUAAAGAAGAGUUUUCCAUUCCCCCCUAUUUAUUGAGUUUUUAAAUGCGUUUCAUGGAUACCUCUUUUAUUCUACUUUUCUAUUUUUAUUGGGUAUUUUUUAUUACCUCAUUUUAUCUAUUAUUUGCUUAUAAGGUUUAUAGUAUUCAUCUUAAAUUUAUCACAGCCUAACCUCAAGUAGCAUUUAUACCACUUUACAUAUGGUCUAAAUACCUUACUAUAGUACACUUCAAUUUUCUUCCCUCCAGCCUUUGUACUAUUGUUCAUAUGCAUUUUGCUUCUAUAUAUAAUGCUGUAAUACAUCAUUAUUGAUUCUGCUGUAAUAUUUCAUUUGUAUUAGUCUUUGUAUCGUGUCCAUGUUUUUCUCUACUUCCUGGAACAUACGGAACAUUCAUAGCUGUUUUAAUGAUCUUAUCUGAACAUUCAUAGCUAUUUUAAUGAUCUUAUCUCACCUUGGGGAAGUUUUUACCCACAAAGUAUAUUUGACAGUGUCUGGAGAUAGUUUUGAGUGUCACCAAUGGGGAGAAAGGUUCUGCAUCUAGUAGAUAUAGGCUAGAGAUGCUGCUAAAUAUUUCACCGCAUAUGCAACAAAGAAUGAUCAGGCCCCGAAUUUCAACAAAGCUAAGGUUGAGAAACCUUGGUUUAGGGCUCAUUUGGUGUCACUACUGAUUUAUUACCAUUCUAAGAGUUGUACCUAAUGCUUUGUCUAUUAGGAAAUUUUUCUGUUGUGUCUGGGGAGAACACAAAUUAUGUACCUGGACCUAUGUAAACUCCUAGAAUAGUUCUGCUCCUUUCUAGUGCCUUUUUUUCCCUUGGCCUUGGUUGAUUUUAUUCACAUGGUACAAAUCAGUCUAAUACCAUUGACUUGAGGGGACCAUUGUGUAGAUCUCCUGAGCACUUUCUCCUUUUCUGUGCGUCUCCUUCCUUUCCAGUAUUUUGCCUUACAAAUUACAGUCACCAUAACUUAUCUAACUUUGAACACUUUUGCCUCAGUCAGGCCAUUGGGCUAUUUGGGAGUUUCUUCCCCCCACACUAUAGUUUGGAAACUCUUCAAACUCUUGUAGCACUCAACUCAUUUGUGUUUUCUUUCAUGUAUUAAUGUCCUCUACUGCUUUUUGUCCAUUCUAUGAAACCCUUGUUUCAUGUAUCUUGUCCUGUUUUAUAGUUGUUUAAUAUAGAAGAACAAAGCUAGUCCCUGUUAUAAUGGUGGGACAUAGAAAUUCAUUAUUUAUUUUGAUGCUCAGAUUGUCCUUAACUGGGUUCAUGGGAGCCCCCUCAAGCUGUCUUCUGUGUCCUUUUGGCAUGUUAAGUUCACUAACCAACCUUUAAUGUAUAUUUAGAGUUCUUUUUUCUUUAGCCUGAGGCCAUAUGGUCUCAAAACUAAGUUUGCAUAUUACCUGGGGUAAUGUCAGCAGAAAUGGCUAAGAACAUCCAGGAAUUCUUUUUCUCCAUUAAAAACAAAGAGAAAAUGGUCCCUAUUGUCAGAAUCAGUGUUUUCAGAACUAUGGAUUUAACCCAAAGCUUUCAGCAAUCCAGAGAAUAUUAUUCAUUAAAAAUGGCUGGGUCUUGAUAAGAACAGUUAUAUGUGUGACAUUUUAACUUGCCCAAUUCUCAUCUCCCACUCCAAAGUCCAUGGUGUCUUGAAAGUCAGCAGCUUAUAAUUACGAUGAAAACCAGCAGCUUGGCAGUCGCUAAAAGGGCCAUAACAGGAUUGGAGCUUAUUUGAAUAAGACACACUGCCUGAAACUUAGCAUUUUUUCACAAGUUUGGUAGUUCACUGGAAGACCCUACUAUCAAUUCUAUCUUUAUCUAACUUAACUAAGUGCUUACCCAGUGUAAAAAAGCCUUUUUCCUGAGAUCACAUUUUGAAAUCAGUUAGAGGCAAUUCUUUCAACAUCUCAGCUGCCUGAGGCAGUGAGUGAUAGGUGGGGAAAAGAAGAAGUUAAUCAAACAGCUUAAAAGAAAAUCUGGAAAAUUCAGAUUUCUUGACAUGAAGGAAGUCACAUGCACGUUCAAGAAAGUGCUGAAAAGACUGUAAACCUUCACUUCUGGCUGACUGUGGAGGCAAAGCAGGAAAUGAAGGCUAAGGUGGAAUUGUCUACUUCCUGGCCAAGUGUCGAAGAUGUACCCCAGGACACAUUUGGAUUCUCUCAGGAAAACUAAAGAAGUAUUGAUUCCAGGCAUUGAGGAAAUCUUUGACCAGUUAUUCGUUUUCCACUAAGCUAAUGAAUCAGAGACUUUAGUGGCUGUACACAACAAAGAAUACGGAUUCACAAAAAUAGUUCAAAGAAUUCGCUAUGAACAACAGUAAGCCCUGGGGAGAAGGGAAUACCUGAUUUAUGGAGUUGUGACAUUAUUUAAAAUGCUCAGAAUGUUUUAAGACUUACGCAGAAAUAAAGUAUGGCCCAUAUACAGAGUGGAAAAAAGCAGUCAGUGGAAAUUGUCCCAAGAAGAGAGAGAUUUUGGAUAUAUUUGACAAGGACAUUAAAUAGCUAUUUUAAAUGUGUUUAAAGAACUGAAGGAAAUCAUAUCUUAGAAAAAACAAGAUUCUGUGUGAGAAUGAUGUCUCACCAAAUAGAGACAUCAAUAAUGAAUAGAAAUGGUGAAGAAACAAAACAUUGAAGAAUUGAGAAGUACAUUACUAAAACAAAAACUUCAAUAGCACAUGUGAGCAGAUAUAAGAAAAAUUGGGUGAACCUAAUGGUUGGUCAGUUAAGAUUAUCCAGUUAGAGGAACAGAGAAAAAUAAAUAAUGAAAAUUAAUAGACCUCCAAGACUUGUAUGAUACCAUCAAAUGUACUAACACAGGCUUAAUGGGAAUUGCAAAUGAUGACACAUUCUAAUUGUAGCUGUACACCUCAAGGGAAAUGAAAACUUGUUAAAAAAAAAAAAAAACUUGGAUAUGAAUCUUCAUAGUAGCUAAAAAGGGGAAAGAACCCAAAUAUCCAUCAAUUGAUGACCUGUUAAAUAAAAGUAUGUACAUGUGAUAGAUUUAUUAUUCAGUCAUAAAAAGGAAUGAGGUAUUGAUAUCUACUGCGACAUGGAUGAACUUUGUAAACAUUGUGUUAAGAAGCCAAAAACAAAAUAGAGUUCCAUUUAUAUGAAAUGUCUAUAAUAGGUGAAUCCAUUGAGAUCAAUAGUAGAUUAGUGAUUGCUAGGAGCUGGGAGAGGGAUGUAUAGUAAAUGACUGCUAAUGAGUGUGACAUUUAGGAUUGAAUGUGUCUGGAAUUGUGUUGGUUAUACAACUUUGUGAAUACAAAAAUACCCACUGAAUUGUAUAUAAGGGUGAAUAUUAUUGUAUCUCAAUUUAAAAAAAAAAACGAUAAUAGUAAAAA